AUGAGGAAGGCCGGCAGGGCGGCCUUGGUGUCGCUCAUCGUCCUCUCUGCGGCCGCCCUGGUGGCCGGCCAGGCGGAUGUCGGCUUCGAGGAGGCCAAGAACGGCAACCAUCCGAUUGAGUGCCCCACGCCGAUCUUCCUGUACGCCGAUUUCUACCAGGCAAUGGCGUGCAAGGGGGAGGGCUGCCUGGACAUUGCCUGCGACGUCGUGAGGCUGGAGAGCUACACCGCCUUUGCCUACGGGCCGCCCGAGGGGGGCGUGACCCUCCCGGUGCUGAGGAACGUCACCGUGCUCGGCGCGGACCACGUGAUUUGGAGCACGGGGAGGGAGGACGAUGAGAACCCCGAAAAGGCCGUGCGCGUGCACGAGGGCAUCACCCUGAGCCUGAAGAACAUCACUGUGGAGACAGACCCCCUUGUGAAUUCGAAGAAUUUUCUGCUGCCCAAGGUUUUCCGCUUGGUGGGCAGCAACAGCCGCCUGAACUUGGAGAAUGUCACCUACCUGACCUCAAAGUCGAUCAUGGAAGACGUGCUCAACUUUGCCGAGGGUAACCUGCCCCGUUCCACCUUCAGGGAAACUGUGGUGCCCAGUGGUGAGGAUGCGAUCGUGAUAUCCGAGUACACCUCCGAUGUGGUGACUGUGAAGGAUCUGACCAUCAGCCACUGGACCUUCGCUGAGCACAACAGGGAUGAGGAUGGUCGUGGUGGACAGGGCAUCGUCAACAGUAUUGGGAUGGUCAACGCCAUGAAGACCUGGAACGGCUUGUUCACUGACCACCUUGAAAUACAGGAGGACAUCUCGCUUGAAAAGAGCGACUUCCGCGACGAACUUGGGGAGCAGGAGCAGGCAAUGAUUGGCCGUCGCUUCGCUGUGCUGGGCCGUCGUGCAACCCACGGACCGUUUGAAAAGGUGCCGCUUUUGGACUUGGGGCUCGUCAGCAAGGCCCUGAAAGUGAAAAAUGGGGUGCAGGUUGAAUUCAGGGACCUGGAGCUGCUCAACUUGGCGCUGGGGCCGCUGGAAAUGCACUACGGCUUCCUGAUGUGGUUCCUGGACUUUGAAAGGAACAGCAAUUCCACAAUUGUGACGAUUGGCAACUCCACCAUGGUGGUAUCAUGCCGAGAGCUUGAGCAUUUCGAAUACGCUGUGGCGCUGCUCAAUGACCCCCUGCAGACACUGCUGCCACAGUUGCCAUUCUUGAAGCUGAACAGCAAGGACUGGACGAUCGACAGCGCCUCCAAUGGCAUCAUCAGGGUGCAGCGGGGCUUGGCCUUUGGUCUCGAGCUGCAAGACGUGAACCUCACAUGCAAGCCCAGCCAUGGCACCCCAAUGGUUGUUGACUUCCAGCUGAUGAGCCCACUGGCCACAACUGCUUCUGACCCUGUGCCUUCCCCGCCGCCAAGAGAACCGUCUGCUACAUCCCCUGCCCCAGACAACAGCUUGGGCACGUCUUCCACCCUCUUCAAGGUGGGCCUUGGUGUCUUGGUGCCGUGCAUCGCCGUGCUGGCCGCCUUGCUGGUAUGGAAGUGCCGCAGCAACAGGCAUAUCCGAUCGGGUGCUGGCAAGAAGGCCAGGGCAGAAGCGGGCGCCAAGCUGAAGCAGUAUGACAUGGAGGCGGGCAAGGACCCCACGGACUCGCUGCGGGACAAAAACAUGAAGCACUCGAUGAGCGACUCAUUUGAGCAGGACAAGCUGGACCAACUGCCGGCCCUGUCCCACGAUGGCAUGGGCCUGGGCACCGAUUUCAAGCUGACCCCUGCGGACGUGGGCGGCUCUCAGGCCGCAGAGUUCAUCCCUGACAUCCUCAAAGUCAGCAACGACAUCGACGACAAGCAGCUGGUGGUCAAGGAGCUGCUUGGACAGGGGCAGAAUGGAUCGGUCCACAAGGGCGUGUGGCGGGAGCUGGAGGUGGCUGUGAAGACCAUCGUCUUCCGUGGUGAGGGCGACAAGGACUUCCACCAGCAGGCCAUCCGCGAGGUGGCCAUCACCUCUGGCCUUGCACACCCCAAUGUCGUGUGCACGUACUCGUAUGACAUCAAGCGCCUGCAGCCGGGCAGCCUGGAGGCCAGGGUGGCAGGGCUGAAGAACAAGAGCGGGGUGAACAUUCUGGACUCCUAUGUGGACUGGAAGCUGUUCAUCAUUCAGGAAUUCUGUGAGAGGGGCACACUGCAGACGGCACUGAGGGACAAGGAGUUCACAGACAGGCGGACUGACACUCCAGAUCUGAAAGCUCUACUGGAAAUAGCCACAGGCAUAGCUAAAGGAAUGCAUCACAUUCACUCCAAAAACAUCCUCCAUGGGAACCUGAAGCCCAGCAACGUUCUCCUGAAGACUGCGCUGGACACACACACACGAAUGCUGGCCAAGAUUGCGGACUUUGGUCUCAGUCUGAAGAUGAACAGCGAGCAGACGCACGUGUCAAACGUGCAGCAGGGCGAGCCCUUCUACAUGGCCAGGGAAGUCAUGGAGGAGGGUAGCGCCAGCAAGGCAGCAGAUGUCUACGCCUUCGGUGUCGUGUUGUGGGAGAUGUACACGAGCCAGCUGGCUCCCAAGGGCGAGCCAACUGAGGAGAUGUUUUCAGAGUUCCCUCGCCUGCCAUGGCAGUGCCCUGCAAUGUAUGGGGUGCUUGCAGUUGCCUGCAUGCACCCAGUUCCAUCUGGAAGGCCCACCUUCAGUGACUGCCUGAGCUUCUUGCAGUCUCUCUGGCACCAGCAGCGGAUGGGAACUUUGACCGCGCCACCGCCCGCGCCUUCAGCUGUUCUGCGAGAGAAGUUCAGGGACUGCAAGGACAUCGUGGGUGGCUGCCCCAAGGUGUCUUGUGGAGGCAUGGACAGCCACCAGCCCAUGAGCGGCCGCGUACCGCUGACUCAAAUCGACCCUGAGUUCGACCGCGCUAUGGACAAGAGGCGAACCUACUUCCAGAAGUCUCUGGCCAAGAUGCCACCUGUCUUCCGAAACAUCGAGUACGAGGCUGUGUACUGGCCGGAGAUGGACAGGUCACACAGUCCACGGUGGAUGCCCAGCGAUUAG